AUGGUGAACUCGACCCUUCCAACCACAAACAACCACAAUGGCAACAACAACAGCUCAGCCUUGAACUUCAACUCCACCAGUGCCGGUGCCGGUACAGCCAACCUCAUUGAUGCCCAAGACGACUCGUCAGUGCAGGCACCGCACCACACUAUCACAGGCGACAGCGAUAGCGGCGACGACGAUGACGCAAGCACAAACGUAGGCAGCUUUUCAGACCGCCCAAUAGACGCCGCCUCCUCGAAUCUCAAGUCAAUAUCCUCCCAACAACAGAUUCGGGUCACCGACUAUGAUGAGCAAGAUAACGACGAGGACGCGGAUGCAAAAACACGCCAAGCUGGCGAUUCGGCGUAUUCUGCUGGCUCCCACCAAAAGGGGGAAUACGAUUUGGAGGGGGCCCACAAAAACCCACCUCGUCGCUUACGCCCUGCUCUCCCAAAUGAAGACGUCGACGAUGAAUACGAGACCCAAGCGUCCCUCCUCGGUACAGCUGGCUUUGUGGACCGUCGUGGCACAGCUCCCAGACUCGCUGCUCGCUCUGCUUUUUCCCGCUUUUGGGAGAUCGCGAGGGAGGCACUACCCACCUUGAUUGUCUCGGUUCUUUCGCUCAUGUUCUCUGGAGAGCUGCUGGUACAUCUCGCUCGCUGGCCAGUCCUUCGGAAAGUCGAUAAACUUUUCAUCCUCAUCCCCAUCCUGCUCAACAUGAAGGGAAAUCUCGAGAUGAACCUCUCCCUUCGCAUGUCCACAUCUGCCAACAUCGGAGAACUCGACGUGAGAAGAACAAGAGAGACGCUGAUUAAGGGCAAUUUGGCGCUGCUGCAGGUGCAGGCGUUGAUCGUCUCCAUGUUCGCAGGUGUACUAGCAUUUGUGUUGGGUGUAGUGACACCGGAUCCGCAGGUGCAAGGUCCAGCUGUGACACCUUUGCCAACAACACCACCACAAACACCAGAGAAUGCGUUGAUACAGAGUAUCGUCAGGAGUGCUUUUUCAGCUGUUACUUUGCGGAAUCGUCGUCGAGCGAUCCCCAACUCAGCUGGCAGUUUGCAAAAGAGACGUAUCAUUCACCACCACCCGAAACCGCCGACGGAUCCAUCACUGCGUCUGCGCAAUGGAUACUUCGAAUUCGUACUCGUCAUUGCUACCGGUAUGCUUUCUGCCUCGUUGUCUUCAGCCGUGUUGGGAUCGUUCAUGUGCGCGCUCGUGGUGAUUGCGAGAAGAGCAGGUGCGAAUCCGGAUAACAUCGCUUCCCCUCUGGCUGCAUCGUUAGGUGAUCUUACCACUCUUACCCUGCUAGCAUUGCUCGCCAGCGCAUUGGUGCAUUUCGAAGGCACAUUCCUCGCCACUGUUAUUCUGGCUGCAAUGGCAGUGGCUUGCAUCGUGUCGUUCAUUGUGACCUACCGCAAUGCGUACGUGAGGGAACUGCUCACUUCAGGCUGGGUCCCGCUUUUGGUGGCUAUGUUCAUUUCCUCUGGCGCUGGUUUAGUCUUGGACAACUUUGUUGGCAAAUACCAAGGUUUUGCACUACUAGCACCUGUCAUCUCCGGCCUCCCCGGGGCGUGCGCAGCCAUCUUCGCCUCGCGUAUCACGACAGCUCUCCACUCCGGUAAAGGCGCAACGCUUCUCCGUGCCAGCAGCGAAGCGGGCAACAUGGGUGGUCUCCGCGGCAUCAUCGCAUCCACCUGCUCCGUACUUGCAAUCCCACCCAUCGAAGGCUGGCUAGUCCCUCUCUCACUCCUCACCAUGGGCGUGGGCAUCAAAUCGGUAUUCAUCGUUCUCAUCAGAGCUUCUGGUCAGAUGACGUUUGGGUGGAUCUUCACCCUGACCUUCAUCGCGGCUAGUAUAACGGCCAACAUGUUUGCCUUGUAUUUGGCCCAUGUGAUCUGUUUGGUGCUGUGGAGUAGGGAUUAUGAUCCCGAUAUCUACUGUUUGCCCUUUGUUAGUAGUAUUGUGGAUGUGGUGGGACAGAAUCUGUUGGUCUUGACGUUUGGUGUGGCGACCGGGUUGGGGGAUCAUGUGACGGCGGCGGUGAAUGCUGGCGCUGGUCAUGGGGGUGUCUAA